AUGACAUCCAAGAAGGUGUCCGCCCUCAAGUUUGUUGGGACUAUUUCCCUUGGUCUCUUGACAGGCACAUCAUAUACCCUCUCUACGCUGACGAUUCCCUCCCUCCUCGAGCUUCCGUCUGCCUCGACCGCAGCCAAGGCCUUCCGAUCCCUAUCAUCGACGGCAGCGACUCACCUCACCGCCCUGACGAGCAUUUCCGGCACAGCUUUCGCCCUUGCCUUUGCGCUCUCACCACGCGGCUACAGACAUCCCUUCCUCCUCUACACGUCUCUCUUCUGCUUCGGAACCCGCCUGACCGACUAUGUGACCCCAUUUAUCUUCGGUACCUCGACCUCGGGCUCCUCCGCCGCCGCGCAACGACGCGCAGCCGUCCAAGCCCGCAAGGAAAAGCAAGCUGCCCGGCAUAUGGAAGCCAGCUACGAGGUUCUUGGCGAUUCGCAUAGUGAGGAGGGUACCGCGAGCACGAGUGGUGAGGAGCUUGAGGAGGACGUCAACGGCGAGGAGGUGCGCAGCGAUGUCGAGUUCUUCGUCCGAAACCAGCUGGUACAGACCGCCAUGGCCAGCAUCGGCUUCAUGAUGGCCGUCACCGGCAUCUGGGGUGAUGGCGCGGCGGAUGUCGCCGAGACUCUGAUUGUCGCGCUAUAG